AUGGUUGGUUUGACUUCUGCAGGUGGAAUCAUUUCUUUGCUUGAUGAAUCAGAAGAACAACUUAAAAUUUAUGCACUUCAAAGACUUAAUUCUGUUGUUGAUCAAUUUUGGGCUGAAAUUUCAGAGGCAAUUUCUAAAAUCGAAAUCCUUUAUGAAGAUGAAUGCUUUCCUCAAAGAAAAUUAUCUGCUUUGGUGGCCUCAAAAGUCUACUAUCAUCUAGGCGAAUUCGAUGACUCUUUAACGUUUGCAUUGGGAGCUGGUGAAUUGUUUGAUACGUCAUCUAAAUCUGAAUAUGUCGAAACAAUUAUUUCAAAAUGUAUAGAUAAAUACAUCAGUCUACGUACUCGACAAUAUGAAAAUCCUUCGGAAGAAAUUGUAAUUGAUCCUCGUUUAGAAGUUGUUGUUGAAAGAAUGUUUCAAAGAUGUUUUAGUGAUGACGAAUUCAAACAAGCAAUCGGUAUAGCUUUGGAGUCUCAUCGUUUGGAUGUUAUUGAACAUGCAAUAUUAAAAGGUCAACAAGCAUCAGAGCUUCUCUCAUAUGUUUUAGAUUCGUGUAUGACAUUGGUGCUUAAUUUGGACUUUAGAAAUAAAUCAAUGUUUUGUCCAUCUUAA